AUGUCUUUCCCUGAAGGUGAUUUCGUCCUCAAGAACCGCGCCCACUGCCCCGUCGGCCUCGACGUCGAGGCCAGCAGCACCGAGGACGGCGCCCGCGUCCUUGGCUGGGAGCUCCGCGGCGAGGACAACGACAACCAGCGCUGGCGUUACCAGGACGGCCAGCUCAUCAACGUCAACUCGGGCAAGGCCCUCACCUUCACCGACCUGACCCCCGAGUCCCUCGCCACCCAGGAGGAGCCCACCGGCGCCGAGGGCCAGCGCUUCCAGUGGAUCGACGGCCUCAUCGUCCUCGCCGACAACCACGACCUUUGCGUCGGCGAGUGGGAUGGCGACGUCAAGAUCGUCCCCCGCGAUGACAACGAUGAUGCCCGCCGCUGGGACUUUUAA